AUGGGUAUAUCUGAUGCUCCUGGCAUCAUAAGAGUCAAACGGAAGAGGGAAGAUGAUUCAGUGCAAGCGUUGCUACUUCAAGAGAGUGGCACUGUCAAACGAGGGAAAUUUGUGUUCAGAUUGGCCAAGACUGUAGAGUCUGACGCGGAUGGACAGAUUGAAGAGUUGGACACACCUUUACUGAAGCUUUCAGAGGGCGGAGAUGCAAGACACUUUAUCUUGGAACAGAGGAAACGCAAACGGGAAGAACCUCAAUUGCCUGCGGAGAUCUCUGAGAUGCUCAAUGACUAUUUGAGUCUGGCACCCACGCAGAAUGCGGAACCUGGUAAACUGAAGAGAUCGAAUCGCAGAAGAUCCGUUCACCAGCCAAAACCAGAGACUCUGCCGUCACUUUCAUAUGUUUACGAUAUCUAUUACAAAGAAGCGGCUCCCGAAGAUGAAUUCGUGUUUGACCCAAGCACGGUGGGUUACAUCAAGAUUGUGGAGGAUUCUGGCGACCUUUUGCCGGAGGAAGACGAAGAUGACAAGCGAGAUGUUUUUUCAGAUGACCAGGACUCCAACGAGGAGGCGUUUUAUCAAAACGACUACCCAGAAGACGAAGACGACGACAGAUCUGUGCUGUUUGGGAGUGAGGUCGAAUUAGGCUUACAUUCAAACGGAGAGGAGGACUCCGAUGAUGAGCUUAAAGCUGAAACCGUCCGCGAUCAUAUGGUGACCAGCCUGGGGAAUGAAGAGACCGAUGCCUUAUUUGAACGAUACUCGCAGACCCCCCAAUUGCUGCAAGUGAAAGACUCCAAUUUCUUCGAUCUGGACGAUGAAGAAUCCGGAAAUGAUGACAAUGUUAAUAGUAAUGAUAAUGACGACCGCGAAACCGAUUUCAAAAGACACAAUUUCUUUCCGACCGACGUAGAUGACCCACUGGCCAUUCAUCGGGACCAGAUAUUUGGCAAACUUGAAAAUAUGAUUGCGCGAAAGUGA